AUGGCGCCGUCGACGGAGUCCAAGAAGCGCAAGGCUGUCACAAAGGAUGUCGAGGCAGACACUCAUGUCGUGUCCGGCGAGGAGUUUCGCUUCGAUUCGUCCGGUUCAGAGAGCUCGGACGAGGAAUCAGACAUCGAGCUGAUAGAUGACUUCAGUGACGAGAGCGAGGACGAGUCGAUAGAGGAUGGCUUAGUUUCAAAGGGCGAGCUGCCGGUUCACACUAAAAAUGGAAAGCUAGGGAAAAUGAGCAGUGUUGCGGUUCAGGAUUCGGAGGACGAAGAUCAAGAUACUGUCAAUUACCGCAUAACGAAGGACGCGAAUGGCAAUGAUCGGUAUAUUUAUGAUGAGAUAAACCCGGAUGAUAACUCAGACCUGUCUGAAGUCGACGAAGAAGCCAAUACAAUUGGGAAUAUCCCUACAUCCUUUUAUGAUGCCUACCCGCACAUCGGAUAUAAUAUCAAUGGAAAGAAGAUUAUGCGCCCAGCCAAGGGGGAGGCAUUGGAUGCGCUGCUUGACACUAUUGAAAUACCAAAGGGAUGGACUGGAUUAACUGACCCAGCCACAGGCAAACCUCUGCAAUUGAGCCAGGACGAGCUCACCCUGCUCAGCAAACUACAGAUGAACGAAGUCACCCAAGAUGGAUAUAACCCGUACCAGCCAACCGUCGAAUAUUUCACAAGCAAAGAAGAGAUUAUGCCAUUGAGUGCUGCUCCUGAGCCCAAGAGGAGAUUCGUGGCCUCCAAACAUGAAGCCAAGCGAGUGAUGAAGAUGGUGAAGGCGAUUCGAGAGGGAAGAAUAUUGCCGUUCAAACCACCAGCGGAAGAGGACGAAUCUCAGGAUAACAUCCAGACUUUCGAUCUCUGGGCCAACGAGACACCCCGAGAUGAUCACCCCAUGCACAUUCCUGCGCCGAAGCUACCACCACCAGGCUACGAGGAGAGUUACCAUCCUCCUCCAGAGUAUCUACCUGACGAAAAGGAGAGACGAGCCUGGGAGAAACAGGACCCAGAGGACCGCGAGAAGCCCUUCUUACCAAGAGACUAUGGCUCACUUCGGAAAGUUCCUGGGUUUGAGGCUUUCGUUAAGGAGAAAUUCGAACGCUGUCUUGACCUGUACCUGGCUCCAAGAGUACGCAGGAACAAGCUAAACAUCGACCCAGCCAGUUUGCUUCCAAAGUUACCCAGUCCAGAGGAGCUAAAACCCUUCCCAACUACCUGUUCCGCACUAUUCCGUGGCCACAAGGGACGUGUGCGUAGUGUUGCUGUUGACCCAACAGGACUUUGGCUAGCCAGCGGUGGAGAUGACGGUACAGUCCGAGUGUGGGAACUUCUCACAGGCCGUCAACUCUGGAGUGUUCAGUUGAACGAUGAUGGGCCCAUUAAUGUCGUUCGAUGGAGACCUGGAAAGGACGCUGUUGUUCUAUCCGCUGCCGCAGGUGAUGCUGUAUACCUCAUGAUACCAGACAUCCUCAGCCCUGAGCUUGAAUCAGCCAGUCUUGACGUAGUGGAUGCCGGAUGGGGUUACGCUGCCACGGCUUCGAAGGGUUCUCAGAGCACUGAGCAAAAAGGAUCUAAAGUCCAAUGGGCUCGACCUCUGCCCUCUCUCGCUGAAAACGGUGUAUAUGCAACGAUCCCACUAGGACAUAUCGUCAAGUCGAUAUCAUGGCAUCGACGCGGUGAUUACUUUGUCACCGUUUGCCCUGCAUCAGCAACUCCCGCCUCACUCGCAACUGCUAUCCAUACCCUUUCAAAACACUCAACACAAUACCCAUUCCGCAAGCGCCUCAAGGGAGGUGGUCCUCCUCAGGUAGCUCAUUUCCACCCCGCAAAACCCAUCCUCUACGUUGCCAACCAACGGGUCAUUCGAUCGUACGACCUCUCUCGCCAAUCUUUGUUGAAGAUCCUACAACCCGGUGCGCGCUGGAUAUCAUCUUUCGACAUUCAUCCAACUUCAUCUGUUACCUCAGGUGAUAACUUGAUUGUUGGAUCGUAUGAUCGUCGUCUGCUCUGGCAUGACGUUGACUUAUCUGAUCGGCCAUAUAAAGCCCUACGCUACCACAGCAAAGCUAUUCGAGCCGUGAAAUACCACCCUCGGUACCCUCUCUUCAUUGAUUCUAGUGAUGACGGUCUUCUUCAGAUCUUCCACGGCAGUGUAACAGGAGAUCUCAUGAGCAAUGCAAACAUUGUUCCAUUAAAAGUCCUUCGUGGACAUAAGGUUGUUGGAGACUUGGGUGUGUUGGAUGUUGACUGGCAUCCUAGAGAGGCAUGGUGUGUCAGUGCGGGCGCAGAUGGCACAUGUAGACUUUGGAUGUAG